GUUUCCGGGUGAAGUAUGGAGGUUGUGAACAGGCUGAGGCGGUUCGAUGCCUACCCGAAAACUCUGGAGGAUUUCCGAGUGAAAACAGGGGCCGGAGCUCUGGUUACGGUGGUCAGCAGUCUGAUUAUGUUGCUUCUGUUUUUCUCGGAGCUUCAGUACUACCUCACAAAGGAGGUACAUCCAGAACUCUAUGUAGACACGUCACGAGGUGAAAAGCUAAAAAUCAAUAUUGACACCAUUUUUCCACACAUGCCCUGUGCCUAUCUAAGUAUUGAUGCGAUGGAUGUGGCUGGGGAGCAGCAGCUUGAUGUGGAGCACAAUCUGUUCAAAAAGAGACUGGACCUGGUGGGCAAUGUUGUCACUCCAGAGGUGGAAAAACACGAGUUGGGAAAGCAGGAGGAGAUGUUCAAUUCUACGAAGCUGGACCCAGACCGAUGUGAGAGCUGUUAUGGCGCAGAGUCUGAGGACAUGAAGUGCUGUAACACGUGUGCUGAUGUGCGUGAGGCCUACAGACGGAAAGGCUGGGCGUUCAAGAACGCCGACACCAUUGAGCAGUGCAUGAGAGAAGGAUUCACCCAGAAAUUGCAGGAGCAGAAGAACGAGGGCUGUCAGGUCUAUGGAUUCCUGGAGGUCAACAAGGUGGCUGGAAAUUUCCAUUUUGCUCCUGGGAAAAGUUUUCAGCAGUCACAUGUCCAUGUCCAUGCUGUUGAGAUUCAUGACCUGCAAACCUUCGGAUUGGACAAUAUAAACAUGACCCACUAUAUCAAACAUCUCUCCUUUGGCAGUGAUUAUCCAGGAAUAGUCAAUCCUCUGGAUGGAAGCAAUAUCACAGCACAACAAGAUUUUCAAAGCCUAAUAUCAAUCGCACUGACUAAAAUUUUCAAAUGGUUCCAACCGAUGCGUGGUUUUUACCAAAUAGCUUCCAUGAUGUUUCAAUACUUUGUGAAAAUAGUCCCAACAAUUUAUGUGAAGUUGGAUGGUGAGGUGGUGAGGACAAACCAAUUUUCAGUCACACGACAUGAGAAAGUGGCGAAUGGACUGAUUGGAGACCAGGGUCUCCCCGGAGUCUUUGUGCUUUAUGAGCUUUCUCCAAUGAUGGUAAAAUUUACAGAAAAACACAGAUCAUUCACGCAUUUUCUCACUGGUGUCUGUGCCAUUAUUGGAGGAGUAUUUACAGUGGCGAGCCUGAUUGACUCAUUGAUCUAUCACUCUGCCCGUGCCAUCCAGAAGAAGAUCGAGCUGGGGAAAGCCGUGUAGCUUGGGGCUGCUAACUGGUGACAGCUGAGCUAACUGGACAGGCUCCCUGUGGAUAUCUCUGUGUAAGACGGAUCAAGCAGCUGGAUAAACUGGGCCAGGUUUCACUGGGACCGUUCAGAUUAGUCCGUUUACACUGAAAUAAUGCCUGACAUAUACCUGAUUCUGAAGCUGGAUGUUUGGGAGGGAAUGUAAUUGAUAAAAUGUGGUGAGCAGGUUUA